AUUCACAACUACCAGGGUCCGGGGAAGGUCCGCAUUUCCCUGGUGACCAAAGAAGCCCCCCAUCGGCCUCACCCCCAUGACCUGGUGGGCAAGGACUGCAAAGAAGGCUACUACGAAGCCGAAUUGUCUCCCGAGCGCUCCAUUCACAGCUUCCAGAACCUGGGAAUCCAGUGCGUGCGGAAACGGGAUCUGGAAAAGGCCGUGGCCAAGCGGAUCGAAACUGGGAACAACCCGUACAACGUACCGAUGGAGGCGCUCAAAGGAGAUUACGACCUGAAUGCGGUUCGACUUUGUUUCCAGGUCUGGAUCCGGGAUACGAACACGGGGCACUUGAUUCAGCUGCCCCUGGUGUUCUCCCAACCCAUCUACGACAAUCGUGCGCCCAAUACAGCCGAGCUGAAAAUUUGCCGCGUCAACCGCAAUUCGGGGACCUGCCUGGGCGGAGAUGAAAUCUUCCUCCUCUGUGACAAAGUGCAGAAAGAGGACAUCGAAGUCCGCUUUUUCAAGGAUUCCUGGGAAGCAAAAGGGUCCUUCUCGCAGGCCGAUGUACACCGCCAGGUGGCCAUUGUCUUCAAGACGCCACCCUACGCGGAUCAGACAAUCCGUGAACCCGUGACGGUUCAGAUGCAGCUGCACCGUCCCUCCGACAAAGAAGUCAGUGGCUCCAUGGAAUUCCGUUACCUCCCGGAUGAAGGCGAUUUCCAUCGAAUCGAGGAGAAGCGCAAACGAACCCUGGGCACUUUUAAAACCUUCGUACAGAAAACACCUUUUGCAGUAGGGACCACGGAAGCACAAUCUCCACGCCGCAUGGCCGUACCAAAACACGGAGCACCCCGGCCUACCACCAGCACCGUGCCAGGGUUUUUGGGAGCAUCCAGCCACUCGCCCAUGCGCCCAAUUCAGAAGCCGCAAGUCAUGGCUCAGCCUUCUGCCGGCUUCUUCGUUGGGUCCAGCCACCCCACCCCGCUGCCUCCCAUGGCCACUGCGGCUGCCUCCAACUUCAGCACUGUGAACAUGGAGGAUCUGUCGUGCCUGGGCGUCUCCUCACAGGCCCCAACUUCCUCCAUGGACACCGAAAACAGCAUCGCCGAUGCCUUCCUGCAACUCCACUUUGAAGGCGGGGAUCCCUUGGUGGGCCUUUUGGAAGACACCACCUACAACAGCCUGGAUAGCAUCAACACCACCGAGUUCCGGCAGCUGCUCAACGAAGGCCCGGGCCCCGCGCCGCUGCCAGGGGACACCCAGGGGACUCUGAUGACCUACCCGGAAUCCAUCACUCGCUUGGUCAGCCAGCGGAGGGCGGGAGGGGAGUCCGGCGGCAAUGGGGACGGUGGGGGGACCGCCCAUUCGACCAACAACAGCUUCCUCAACGGCCUUUUGGGGACCUUUACCGAGGACAGCUUUUCGUCCAUGGGUGACCUGGAUUUGAACUCGCUUCUCAACUCGUAAAAGGAUUCCGGGCGGUCCGUUGGUCCGAGACUCGCAGCUCACUCUUCAGGCCUAUGCGUGCUUCCAGCUAUAUUUGGGGAACGUGGUGGGGUGGGCCAGACUUCAAAACAGGGGUGAGGGGUGGGCUUGGCCACUGCAAAUUGGAGGGGACGUUUCGUGCCCCCCCCCCCAAAAAAAAUCCACAUGCCGCCUCUUCAGGGAGCUGACAGUACGAACAUAAGAAGGGAGUGUGACAUUCCUUUGUGUUUUUUCCCCUUCCAAUUUAGCAGAGGCUUUGCUAUCAAAAUGCAUUUCUCCAUUUUUUUUUAAAGCCGCAAAUUUCCCAGAGUUCCAUUUUUCAAUACUGUUAAGUUUGGAAACUUAACCUUUUCCCUACUCAGGUGGCCCAAGUUGCCCCACUUAAAAAAAAAAAAAGAAGAAUUUCAGGAUUUCCUUGCCUUUAAUAAGGCGGCCAUCAGCUACAGGUAGUCCUCGAUUUACGACAGCUCACUUAGUGACCAAAGUUACAACAGCACUAAAAAAAAGUGACAGGAUCGUUUUUUCCCCACAUUUACGAUAGUUGUGACAGGGUCACAUGACCAAAAUUCAGACGCUUGCCAACCGACUCAUCUUUACGACGGGCCAGAGUCACACGAUCCCCUUUUGCAACCUUCUGACCAGUGACGUCAAGAGACAGAUUGAUUUAACAACUGUGUUACUAUCUUAAAACAACUUGCAGGGAUUCCACUCAAAACUCUGACCAGAAAGGCCGUAAAACUGAACGUCCGUUUCACUUAACAACAGAGGUUUGGGGCUCAAUUGUGGUCAUAACUCGAGGAUUACCCAUAUCAGACUGAAGAGAUGCCCGUUGAUGUUUCUGGCAAGGCCCAAACUUUUUAUCCAAGUGCCUUUUGUAUAAACUUGUGCCUUAUAAAAUGCGGUCACAGCUUUUCUGACUUGCCAGGUUUAAAAUGCUGGAAUCUUCUUCCCCCCCCCCCAAAAAAAAACGGGAUAUCUAAUGUUUUUAAAGAAAGGUACAAGAUCCUUCCACCAGAAAAUGGCUCUCUUUUGGCCUCUACAACGUGUGUUUGUGUGCCACAAAACUAGACCGGACACAGAAGUGAGUCACAUCUUUGUUUCUUUCCCGCUGUAAGAAAAAUUAAAGGGACUUCAUUCAUGUAAAUAAUGCACUGGAUUUGAUUAAGGGGAGGAAUCCCACUGCUCUGGAGUGGCUCUUUCAUCCCUCUGCUGGGGCUCCCUGUCGGUCAGCUCUGCAAUUGAUAGGACUUUCGGUUAGGACAGGUAGAGGAAAAAGGAUGCCGGCACUAGGAGAGUCUCUGGUGGGGAGAACCGGACUUCCGGUCGGCUUCAGAAUUGAAUUUGGGGGGGAGUGUCUAGUUAGGACCUUUGUGGCUCUUUUGAGUGUUUUAAGGUUUAACACAAGGCCCGAAGCCACGGGAAAAUAUAAUCCGAAUGCAACUGACAUCUCAAAGGGAUCAGCAGCUUUUUCCUACCUGCCUUCACCUUCCUGGCUUGAGCAAAAACCCAUUUAGGAAGAGUUGGAAAAGUUAGUCACAGUUUAGGCCCGAUGGAGACUUAACAACAAUCCCUUAGUUGUGUGAUUCCCACAUCAUCGGUCCCCGGAGGGUUCGAAGAAGGGAGCUGUUGUCGCAAACCCUACUGCCUUGCUUCUUUUUGUACUAUGCAACAUGUUUUUAUUACGGAAAAAAAAAGGGAGUGGAUGUUUAAAAGAGACAGUUAACCUGCUGUUGUUACUUUUUCAAUGCAUUUCUUUGCUUUCCUGUAAAUUGACCUUAAAUGUACUUAUUGUGUCUUCUCCUCACUGUAGCAGGUUCUUCUAAUAAACCAAAGCCUCAGCAUUU